CUAUAGCUUGGUCGAUGGACUUGGCGCCAAGAGGACGGCCGAUAGACGGGAGGAUGGAUGACGUAGUAGAGCAGCGAGGAGAAUCUUCGUGACAUCUUCUCUCCCCCCCCGAAAAAAAGCAAGAAUCUUCGUGACAUCUUGGACGCUUCUAGUAGUGACAGACGGCGGAAGGCAUUUCUUAGAGACUCAUAGAGACUUUAGACGAAGGCGAGAUCAGUUUGCGCGGGCUCUCAAUACCGUCGCCGCGCCAAAUAGCGGACUCUUUCCCGCCGUGCGUGUUGUAAUCUAGCUUUCGACGAAGGUGAAAAGAAGCGUGCGUCUCUUCGCGCGCUAUCUUCCUCAGCGCUGGUAGGUUUUCGGCGCGCCGUUGUUCUGCGAAGGUCUCGGUGGUGGUUGACGUCGGAUUGCGGAUUGAAAUUGGUUGUCUGAGAGUGGGAGUAAGGGGAAAGAGCAUAUCAGAAGUGAGGGGAGAGGGGAGAUAUCUCUACCAUCGGGGUAGAGGAGGAGGAACAAUCAGUCGAGGAGAGAUCUGUGAGACCAGUCAGAAGAGGUAAGCAACGUAAUCGCGGAGCAGACGACGCUUACGUCCUGCGUUGGGAGCGGAGGUGGUAGUUUCUCCACUCCUUCAUUAGUUCUUCUCCGAUUAAGUACUGUAAUUAAUCAGGAAGAGGAACCUGCCGGUAAGUCAACAGAUAGGCGUGAGCGACCAUGGAUGAUCAACACCCUGAUCAGUAUUCGAAAGCUCUUCCCGGCGAGGCGGCGCGUGACAUGUCGUCGUCGUCGCCGCCGCCGCCGCCGCCGCCGUCGAUCAGCAGCACUGUCAACGAGCAGGAUCUGAAGUAUCUGGGUUUCUUCCGCAUCGCGCUCAUCAGAGCCGUCAGUUACAUCUAUGCGCUUUAUGAGCAUGCCAAGGAGAGCUCGGGCGCGUUGAAGCCGAGAGUGGACAGCGUCGAGGGGACUGUGAAGACAGUGGUGGGACCUGUGUACAACAAGCUGGAGGACAAACCGGCGAAGCUACUGAAGUUCGUCGACCGGAAGGUGGAUGAUGUGUUCCACGUUCUCCCAGAGUACGUGCCAAGCUAUGUCAAGGAGAAAUCGGCUAUGGCAUACGACGCAGUGAAGAAGCACACGCCGGAGACGGCGAAGAAUGUCGCUCACGAAGUUCAGGAGCAAGGACUAGUGAAGACCGCCAAAGGAUUGUAUGACAAAUAUGAGCCAGCGGCAGAAAAAGGUCUCUACGAGGCGUGGAAAGCCGCGUUGGAGCUUCCGAUGGUUCCUCAGGCAGUGCAGAUCGCAUCGCCUUGGGCAAUGUUUGGCGCUGAGAAAUUCAACUCCACCAUGUCCUUUCUCAGGGAAAGCCGUCUUCCGGUUAUCACUCCGGUGGCCAACUGGGUGCCGCUCGUUCCUGUGGAGAAGCUUGACCAACUCUUGAAUCAAGUGCCGAAGGAAGUUCUGGGAGCGCGAGAAGGCGCCCAUCUUCAUGAAUAAAUUGAUCAAAACUGUACGGCAAGUUGGCACGGUUCGUUUGCUUGCCAAAUCCGCCCGCUCGCUCGCUAAAGCUGCCUCGAUUUCGCUACGAACUCCUGUGUUUGUGUGGGGGGGGAGAGUGUGUGUGUGUGUGUGUGUGUGAGAGAGAGAGAGAGAGAGAGAGAGAGACUGAUGGGAGGUAAUGGAGGGAUUGAAGAGAACAGAGGCAGGCAAGAGGGAGGAAGGGAGGGACUGACAGAGAGAGAGAGAGGAGGUAAUGGAGGGAUUGAAGAGAACGGAGGUAGGUAAGAGGGAGGAAGGGAGGGACUGAGGGAUUGCAGGAGGAAAGGAUGGAGGGGGGGAGAGGAGGUAAUGAAGGAAGAGUGUGUGUGUGUGUGUGUGAGAGAGAGAGAGAGAGGUUUGUGGACGAAUUUGUCGAGCAGGAAUUACGAGGUGCACACUUGGACGUGGUGAUUGUAAUUGUAGGGCACCAUGCCCUCUGUUAAGAAAAAGGACUUAUGGAUUUGCUAAGAACAGCAUGUUUACCCGCACAUCACUUAUAAUUGGAUAAUGUUUAUAAGGUUGGGAAGGAGGACGUCCAGUAAGAGGAGGCGGGAAGUGAUGGUCGUCUACCAGUGAGUUGAUUGUCGCUGGGCAUUAACAAUACGAGAAUGGCGUUGGAUGGCUUCGACGCCCUCGUGUACAACAGGUCACUUGUAGCCGUGAGUGCAGAUCGGCCUUUGGGCUAAUUUGCGCACACGAACACUUUGGGUGUUUCCAUGUGCCGCGCGAGUUCACCAGCGAGUUGGAUGUCGCUGUGUGCUGAUGAUGUUCGAGUAUGGUAUCUGAUGGCUCUGGGGCCACUCGGUUGCCGCUCAUCAGCCGUGGGCUUGUUGACACGUGGAUGGAAAUCAUCUGUGGUGUGACAAGUGGCAGACGUGAGCGCCAGCGAGUUGGGUGUCGUUGGGCUUCGUUUUGACGAAGUAAGCAUUCUGUGUUAACGUUUCUGAUCCCUCUCCCGUGCCAAUCAUCAUCACCCGUUUGUGCUACGUCAUCAUCAUCAUCAUAAUGAUGUGACAAGUACAUUGCCUCUAUCCAUCUCUGAUGUGCUGGUUGGUGGAUCCCCCGGAAUACGGAUAAACGAACACUCUUAGGGGGCAGAGUGGUGGAAAUAUACGGCGGGAAGCAUGCUUUUUCGCGGGUCUAUAUCAUGUACUUCCGUCCUGGGCGGCAGUUGCAGUCGAUCGCAUGCGGCGAGGAUCGAUCUGUGCACAUGCCUAUUUGUCGGUGAUUACAAGUCUAAAGAAGAUGAUUUGCGACCUUUCGUUUGUUCGGGUGGAGAAGGGGGAGGGGGAGGGGGAGGGGGGAGGGUAACGGGCGCGAAGAGUGGAGUGGCGGGAAGCUGGUCUUGUUGGGUUUUAUGCGUAGCGAUUGGUCCGAGUGGAGAGGCGGACAUGAUGAUGAAUCGAAAGAGGAGAUGACGGAAAAGGGAGAGAAACGAAAAUCAUCUGGAAGGAGGGAGUGGGUUGCAAAGUGCAAGUUACACCCGCCUCACGCCUCAGAUCGGGAUGCCUACUCCACCGCGAUCUGGUGUCUCCAAAAUGGAGUGCCCUGUACUUCUGUCCGAGGCGGCGAGGAGGGAAGGGGAGGGUCCCUGUGUCCAUUUGCUUGAUGUGGGUGAACGCGUGCAAGCUGGGGAUACUUUCUUUGCCUACAGUUUUUAUACGCGCGUUUCCUAGAGGUGGAGAGGGGGUGGAGAGGGGUGGAGAGGGGAGGAGAGGGGAGGAGAGAGGGGUGGAGAGGGGUGGAGAGAGGGCUGGAGAGGGGUGGAGAGGGGAGGAGAGAGGGGUGGAGAGAGGGGAUGGGAAUCUUCCUUAUGCUAUGGGUACACCUUAUUAGUGUGUUACGAAUUAGGUUGAUUGGUUCUGUUUGGCCUUGGUUGGAGGCAUAUGUCCACUGCGGGUGGUAAGGGUGAGUUGGAAUUCAGUCCCGGUCUGAAGCUUUCCCAUCGG